GGGCAGUAGAACAGAAGUCAUCUGUUCCUGUUAAUUCGCAUAAUUUUUCCAUUCGGGAUCUGGAUGGUGAAGUUCAACCUUCUUAUGGAACUAAAAAUCUUUCACAUAUGCAGGCUAUAGCCCAACGUGUUUCUCAAGGAAUGAAAGAUUCUAACCAAGGAUAUUUUCUGCAGUCAAAUUAUACUGUUCAUGCUGCUGGGAGUCUUCAGAAACUAAGAAGGGUUGUUUUCCUGGCAUUCAAGUAGAUGAGGUGCCCUGAAAAGCUCAAAUUCUGGUUCUGCACCCGACAGAUCUUUUGGAAAUUUUGUGCCAAACAAGACAACUUCAAUCAGUCAAAACAUGCUGGAGCGUCUUCAAAAGGUUGACCAACAAAGGGAACCUGGUACUGCGACACACUUAAGCUCUUCUGAACACAAUCAAUCAUCUGAAAUGCCAGAUGCAGAAUCUUCUGAUGGAUCAGUAGGCCAAUUUCAACAUUAUAGGCAUUCUGCUGCUCAAAGUUUUGGUUUACAGCUAGGUCCCCCAUCUCAAAGGUUUACCAUUCCAGACCGUCCAGUUCUAUCUCAAAGUUCUCCACAAGGAGUUAAUUCUAUAAAGUCAGUUCACACGUCUCCUGAGGUAGGUAGGAAGGGUCAUGCCUUGUUGGGUGCAACAGCUUCUGUUCAGUUCUCAACUCAUGGAGCAUCACGGGGAGAUAUCAGGAAUAAUAUUCCAAGUGUCUCUGGUCAUACCAACCAUAAAACCUCACAAAACAACUCGGGAAAUGUUUCUGCGGGUUUUACCUCUGGUUAUCCUUAUUUAGAAAGUCAUCUGCAGCGCCAACUUGCUACGGAUGUGGGUAAUCAGGUAUUACCAAAUAAACAUGUUAAUGCAUAUUUUAGUGGGUUGGCAUCUCAAUCGAAGUGGAUUAAUGACUCUUUUGAGAGAGCCCAAAUUAGUCCAUUGGGAAGGAUAUCACCUUGUACACCUGAAACUGCUAUAGAUAAUGACCUUGCUUCUUCAGACACUUCUUGGCCAAGAUGUGGCAGCCAAAACCAUGAAAGGGAUCCAGACCAGCAGUUUCCGGUGUUGGAGGCUAUGCCAGCUUUCCAACCCUCUGCUAUGGCCGAAUCAUCAUGGCAAGGUGAUUUGUACAAAAUGCCUAAUGUAUGGCCCAGUGUAUCAGCUGCACAUCUAUUAGGAACUCAGUCUUCUCAUGCCUCACAGAAUUUGUUGAAGAGCCAUCAACAGUCCAAUGGUAACUCAGAAACAGCUCUUCCUGGAGCAAAGAAACUAGAUGAAAAAAUUGCAGGAGGAAGUUGGCUAACCAUGUUCCCUGCAGGAUCUGCUAAACCACAGAAUUCUGUUGUAGGAGAACAGCCAGCCAAAGGUCUGCAGUUAUUGCCAGAGACUGAUGCCAGCCAAAAUCCUGCAAGCGUGCAGAGAGACAUUGAAGCUCUUGGCCGUUCUUUAAGACCAAAUAAUAUUGUUCAUCAGGAGUAUUCAUUGUUGCAUCAGAUGCAGGCCAUGAAAAAUAUAGACGCUGAUCCAAGUAAUAGGAGUGCGAAAAGAUUUAAAGGUCCAACUCCAGGGUCUAGUUUGGAUGCUCAACAGGUAUUUCAAGGUGCAGAUGAGUCGCCUUAUGGAUCCAGUAAUAUGAUGAGAGAUGCCCAAGUGAAUUGUCCUAUAGUACCUUCUAGGGAUUCUAAGAUGCUAAGCUUGUCAUCAAAUGCUGUAGAUUACCAUGAGACACAGUUAUCUGCUAUUGAGCAGAUGCCAUUUACUCACAAUGGUUCCCUGCAUGUCAGCAAUGCUAAUAAUUUAGCUGGUAGUCUGAGGGGUGAACACUCUCAGAUCAGACCCCAGAUGACUCCAUCCUGGUUUGAUCAGCGUGGGGCAUUUAAAAAUGGUAUUUACAACGCUCAGAAAAUUGCCAUGAUGAAGGCUACGGACAAAGCAUUCAUCUUUAGUAGGCCUCCUGAUGGUUUACAUGUUCUUGAUUCUAAUGAGCAAGUUAAUGCUGCUGAUGCUAGUCAGCUGGGUGAUGCACAGCAAAACUCAAACCUCUUGCCAAUAGCAAGCAAACAUAUCUCCCGUCACUUGCUUCAUCCUGAUCUUCCAAACCAGAACCUGAUUGUCGUGAGUGCAAAGAAGCGUAAAAGUAUGACAUUUGAGCUUGUACCAUGGCAUAGAGAAGUGACACAAGGUUGUAGAAGACCUCAGAACAUCAGUGCGGCUGAGGUGGAAUGGGCACAUUCAGCAAAUCGAUUGAUUGAGAAGGUUGAAUACGAACCUGAAAUGAUUGAAGAUGGGUCACCGGUGCUUAGAUCAAGAAGAAGGCUUAUCUUGACAACAAAGCUUAUGCAGCAACUACAUUGUGCUCCUCCAAGGGUAGUUCUUUCUGCAGAUGCUAGCCAAAAUUACGAGACUGUGGUCUAUUUUGUUGCCAGAUUAGGCUUAGGAGAAGCAUGCAGUACAUCAUAUAUACCCGAAAGUGAUGCAGCUGUUACUUCUGAGAAUGGAAGCACCCUCUCUGAAAUGCUUAAGGAGAGAAUGCAGUCCAUCUUAAAGGCUGCAGAAGAGUUUGUUGUCAGAACGAAGAAACUGGAAAAUGAUUUACACAGUCUGGAGAAGAGAGCCUCAAUAUUGGACUUAAGAUUGGAAUGCCAUUAUCUGGAGAAGGUUUUGCUUAUCAAUCAUUUCGGCAAGUUCUAUGGGCGGGGGCAAGCUGACAGGGUUGAGACUUCAUCGUCCUCUGAAGCAAUUUCUAGUCCUCCCAAAUUCUUCCUCCAGAGAUAUGUUUCUGCUCUACCAAUGCCUAGGAAUCUUCCUGAUAAGGUACAGUGUCUCUCACUUUGACGAUUAGUUAUUUGGUUUUUCCCGGCUCAAGAGUUGACUAGAUACUGGUUAAAUCAUAGGUGAAAUAUUUGAAGAUUUCUUAGCUGUAAAUACUAUGUAAUUGUUGUAAAUAUAGAUGGGCAGCUCUAGAUUUCUUUUCCUUGUUUAUGUUCUUUAUAGUGUAUAUAUAUAUAUAGGAUAUAUGUAAUAGAAUUCAUGUGUGGCAAUACAAGUCAAAAACCUUUUGGCA